AUUCAGCGCUGACGCGAGUGACGGUCGUCUGCAGCGCGUUAUAAGUUCCAAAUUUCCGAAAAUUAUGUGUAUAACAAUAUAGCAGGCUGAGCAUAACAGUCAAGGUUACAGCACCAGAAUCUUCAAUUCAGUGAUAGCAAACCUGCAUGUAAUACAUGGCAUCCAAACCGACUACGUCGAGUAUCUUCUUUGCAACUGUGCCUGACUACAAGGACCUGUGCUCCGUCACAAUUCAAGUUCAGGACAGUGCUUCGUCGUUUGCAAAAAGGGGCGGGACGGCCAGCAAAUAUGUGGGCUCCCAGCCUCAGAUUGUGAAAUGCAGAGAGUUGAUAUUCACAGAGCCUGGCCUAUUAGCGUCCCCCUCCCUUCAGCAGGAAGGACACAUCUAUGUCGUCCUCCAGCAAUCAGUCUGGCGAUCGGGCCGGCUGCAGUCACGAUGCCAAAAGAUGGGACUAGUGGUGAGCAAACCCAUGCAAGUCAUCAGUCCCAUCUUCCAAGCCUGCCUGGCCUACACCAUCAGAGCCAGGUUGGCACCUCUGUGGAACAAGGCAGGGAACUGGUACAUACAAGGCAGAGAUUUCUUGCUGAGUUCGGGCAGAGUGCCUGCAGUAGAUCUGCAAGUGAACGUGACUGAGGUUGAAAUCUGCCUGGCUCUGCGCCCCCUCACGGUGAAGCUGCCUCAGUGCUCUCUAAUCGAUUUUGAUGUGUGCCAACCCGUUUUGGAUCAGUUCUUCCUAUCUACAAACAACGUGAUCUUUGAGUACUCCAUUGACAGCAAGUGGUGCUUUGUUUUACCCAGUCUCAAAAAAGGCAAAGUGGUCAGCAUCAGUCACAACAUUCCGUCAACCAGUCCCUUCAAGACCUACAAGGAAAUUAGGAGAUACUGGAAGAACGCGUAUGGCUAUCGACUACCCGAGUCUGAUGUCGGAGUUCUUUACUACAACAUUUAUUUCCCUGCCAUUGGACCUACACUCUUCACCUAUCCCGAGUUCUGCAUUCGCAAGGACGAGCCCAUUCUCCAGGCCCGCGUAGACCCGGCCCCCAUCAUCAGUGCCUUCCUGACUGACCUGCGACACAAGCUGCCGUCCGUGUGUGGAAGCUCCUUCCAGAUCACCCCAAAGGCCCUGUACACCAGCACGGGAUUCUACCCUACGGGCAAGGAGGAAGACAAGUUGCCUCACCUAAACCUGUCAAGCACUCCCCCACCGACAUCCAUCUGUCGCAUCCCAACCCGACCCAUCUCUCUCCAAGGUUUUGCCGGUGAUCACGUCCUCAGCGUUCCCAGCCUGACCCAACCAGCUUCCGUCUUCGGGUCACCCACCGCCAACCUACUGACUGGGACCGUUGGGGAGAUCAACGCGGCGUUCUCCAUCGCUGGCCGCGUGUCCUUCCCUGGGGCCCACCCUGUCUCCCCAACCGACCAGCACGUCGACAGCCAGUUUGCCACACAUGGUCAUCGCACACUCAACGGACCGGCGAACACUACGUUGGGUGCCCAGAUUGCCGUUUCUCCACCGGUAAGACAUACGGCUUUCAGGCCUGUGCUACCAAAGCCGAUUGUGGGUGAUCAGGCUGGUUUUGGUUUGGUAAAUACUUGGAACGGCAAAGCUUACGCUAACUCUGCCUUCAGCGAGAUGACCAGCUGUGGUUUUCAAUCAACCAGUCAGUGCCUUCCUGUAGUGACAGCUUUGAGUGCCAACCAGUCCGGUAACCACACUGUGGCUCCGGCUCCUCAACGCAUCAUCCCUAGCUUCAAGACCCAACGUCCCCAGACAUCAAACUACUUCCCGGCUUCUACAGCCUGUGUCAGAGGGGAAGAUCCAUCUCCAAGGAUUGUCCCAUCAUUCCAGUCCACCAAGAAGGUUCACCUACACCCUAAAAGCCAGCUUGGCACAUCAGCUCUCGACACAACGAACAAAGCAUUCCCACAACCACGUGCGCUGGACGCAGUGGGCCUUUCAAGUCCAAUGCAGGCUGCUUUUGAUCAACCAAAAGCAGCCGAUCCUGUGUUCGUGCCAUCCUUUCCCCACAGAGACUCCUCUCAAGCCACAAGAGAGCCCACUGCUGCUAAAAAGCAGGUUCAACAGACACUGGAUGCUGUGGUCAUAAAGAUUCCCAGCGGGGCCAACCAUCAGAAGUACGACAGCGGCAAGUCUACAAAAAGAAAAUCCAAGGAUGACACUACUGAAGGGCCAACCGCUACCAAAAAGGCCCGCGUGAAGCCUAAAGUCCAGGAAGGUGUCAACGUUCAGUUACUUGCCAUCAACGAUCAGCUGUCCAAAGUGAAUACAAUCACCCUGGCGACGUGGCUGCAAGACAAGGGCAUCCCGGUCAAAGCCAAGGAGAAGAAAUCCGACCUCAUGCAGAAAGUGGCCGACUUCAUCCACGCCAACUCGAUCGAAGACUGAAGCAAGUGCUGUACGAGAUCAAGCACGAGUUACAUUGAGUAAGCAAAUAAAUCCAGUAACAGUGGGAAAAAAACAAAACACAACACUUAAGAAAUGAGUGCCAAAAAACCCUACUGGACAAAUUAAUCCGUAGUUCAGCUGAGGAAACAAAAUUGAUAGAAU